AUGAAUUCCAUAGUUCUUCUUAUCUUUCUUUAUGGUUUGGUAUAUAUUGUUGACGCGAAUCAUUUUCUUGGUGGAACGAUUACAUGGCAUGUCUUGAAUGGAUCCGCUACUGGAACACCUAUUGCCAUCGUCAUUACACAAACUUAUUCAUGGACAUAUUCAUUGAUAACAUGUACUAAUACUCAGAUUGCUACUAGUCAAUUGAUUCCUGUUGGUGGUGCAUAUACACGACUUUUGACGGAAACGCUUGAUUGCAUUGCUAAUUGUGCUAGUGGUACAACUGGUUAUGUGGCUCCUAACAUCGUACCUCGAUGUUCUGAUAUCUCAAUCCCUCUUGGAAUUACAAUUGGACAACGUUCUGACACUGUCUUUUUACAAUCCGGCAGUGAUUUUUCCGUUGCCUAUCAAGAUUUUAGCUGGCGAUCUCUAGUAGUAGGUGCUGCUGCAAACUGGUCUAUUUCUUCACGUAUUAACUUAACACCAAGAUCUGAUAAUGGUCUCUACAAUAAUGCUCCUGUUGCUACUCUCAUGUCUCCUAUCAGUAUUCCUCGUAAUCAAUCAAUAGCUAUUCAUAUUCCAGUAGCCGAUCCUGAUGGAGAUAUCACACGUUGUCGAUGGUCGACAUCAUCGAAUGGAGUCGAUGAGUGUAGAGAUACUUGCUCACCUAACUCAUUACCACCUAAUACAGUUAUUUAUCCAAAUUGUACUAUUAUAAUUAUAGGACAGACUGUUGGAGAUUGGUUUGCUAUUACUCUUAUGGUCGAAGAUUUUAUCAAUUUAUCGAGCACUACUCCUCUAAGUUCAGUGCCUGUUCAAUUUCUUGUUCAAGUAGUUAGUCCACCAACAUGUACCAUUCUACCUGAAGUUAUUGGAAUACCAGUUGAACAAGCAUGUAUUCCAGUGAUAGUUGGCCAAACAUUCAACUCACAACUCAUAGCAAUCAAUAACUGUGGAUCAAAUGUGACUAUUGUUGAUAUUGCAACACUUUCAUUUGCUGGUAUGAGCAAAGGAAACAUCGUUCGACUAAAUAUGACAACCUACUACAAGACUUUUUCAUGGACACCGACUACUAAUCAACUCGGCAUUCAAGUUCAGUGUGCUAUGGCUAUCGAUAGGUAUUUAAAUGUGAAUGAUAGAUUGAGAAAUUUGUCAGAAUUCUAUUAGAUAGUUAUUAGGCAAUAGGAGGAAGGAAGAUGUUCGAAAAAAAUAAUUAGUUCUACCUAUGUAAACAUCAGACGCAAGAUAUACGCAUUCAGCCGCAGUUGUGUUACAAACCGCGCUCAGACGCGGUUAAAAUCGAUUUUUGAUGCAAGCAAACGUGAUCUCAUUCACAGUCGCGCCCCUAUGCAGCUAAAGAAAAUUUUCAAGUGCGUCUGGACGCGGUUUUCUAUGAAACCGCGUGCAAACGCGUUUAAUAAAAAUCUAUUCUAACGCAUCUGGACGCGAUUUUGGAUAAAAUAUGCCGAGACGCGGCCAGACCGAGCUAUGGCCUGCAGCUGGACGCGUCUUUUUCUGGAACAGCGUUCCCAUGUGUAUAUUAGACGCAAAAUAUGCGCGUUUCACUGCGGUUUCGUUACAAAUCGCGUCCAGAUGCGUUGUAAAACGAAAAUGCACCGCGUUUGAACGCAAUUUUAUAUGAUAUGCGUCUAAAUGCGGUUAAAACCAUUUUAAAACGCGUCUGCACGCAAUUCUAUUUCUAACCACGUCUAAACAACUUUGACUGCUGCAAUUUAGAUGCAAACAUAAUGCGGUUCAAUCAUGUUCCGAUACAAAAAGUAUUUAGGUCAGAGUGUAAGUGAAGCGAGAAAAAGUAAACUAUUAAAGAUCAAUGUGUACUUCUCAUAAUUUAAAAAGUCAAGCACUCAUCUGGGCUAUACAUUGUCUUCAAUAGCAAUCUAUCGAUAUAUAUUCAUAAAGUUUAGAGAUAUGCAUUCCUCUAUAAACAGUUAUAAAGACGUGUAUCAAAAAUGUCUUGGAUAUGUAUGAAUAGUGAAUUACAUAUUAGAAAUUUAGAAGAUUGUCUAGAUGUUAUUCAUAGGAUCAGAAUACCAGGUUAAACUAUCUCUAGAAUUUUGUAUUUCGGACGUAUGAAAGAGAUUGCAUCUUCUCCUUAUCAAUUAUUAAUUAAUUUAAAAAAGUUGUUCACAACUAGAAUAAUCGAUGUUGAUAUUUAAAGUCUCUGCACAUAUAUCAUAGACAUGUAAAACGAAAUCUACAUCUCAUUUUUUUCGAUGAUUCCAUUUGGUUUACCAUCAUCCGAAUCAUUUGACAUAAUAACGGGUGUCCCAGAAUAAAUUAUACCAUUCGUAUUUUGAGUAUAACUCUUCUAUUAUCCAUUAGAUCGGGACAUCUUUUUAUACUAAAAGAUAGCGCUUGAAAUUCUCUACAAAA